AAUGUCAAAAGUACCGCGUGUAUUUUUAGCGCACGCAAACAUUUAUAAUGUCAGUGACCGAGGACGCACGAAGAUCAGUCCCAGUUUCAGAGCACCUGUGUGUUUUUACACGGCAUGGUUGUGUUCAGGGUGGGUGUCAUUCUGACCCCAGAGUGUUUGGAUCUCGAGGUGUUUGUAGUGGGCUCUCGGCCGGAGAUGGGACACUGGGAUCCGGACCGAGGUGUGAAGAUGAGUCCGAGCCGCUCGGUCCUGUCCCCCGAUGAACCGUGUCUGUGGACCGGGGACGUGCGUCUGUCCGAGCCGCCUACAGAUGAGCUGUACUUCAAGUUUAUAAAGCGCGUGGAUGGCCACUACAUUUGGGAAGGCAGUGGGCCGCAUCAUGACCGGCACUGUGUGUAUGACGACAGAAACAUGGUGGACGGGGUAUACUGCCAUCCGAUUGGUCACUGGAUCGAAGAGACCGGCCACACAGAUGAGAUGAAACACACUACCACCUUCUACUUCAGCAUAGCAGGACAGCAGGCCAUUCACUUCUCCCAGGUGCUGCCACAUGUCUGGUUGGGCAGCUGCCCUCGACGGGUCGAACAUGUGACCCUAAAGCUGAAACAAGAACUGGGUGUUACAGCAGUGAUGAACUUUCAGACUGAAUGGGACGUCGUAAACAACUCCCAUGGCUGCCGGCGUGACCUCAGUCAACCCAUGACCCCGGAGACCAUGACGCACCUGUACAAAGACUACGGCCUUUCGUACAUCUGGAUCCCCACUCCAGACAUGAGCACAGAAGGUCGCACACAGAUGCUGCCGCAGGCCGUGUUCUUGCUCUAUGGACUGCUGGAGAACGGCCACACGGUGUAUGUUCACUGUAACGCAGGAGUGGGUCGUUCCACCGCGGCCGUGUGUGGACUCCUGAUGUAUGUGUUAGGCUGGAGACUCAGGAAAGUGCAGUACUACCUCACUGCCAGAAGGGCGGCGGUCUAUAUAGAUGAAGAAGCACUGUUGAGGGCCGAAAAUGACUUUCAUUUGAAGUUUGGACGACUCCGUCCAUCUGUCUGCAAUCCAGAGACAUGAGAACAGCGCCCUCUACUGGAUGGGAGGACAAGGGGACUUGUUUGUACACUUUCAUCUGUCGUUCAACGGUUAGGGAUCAGUACGAUUUUUGACAUUUACGUAUGAUUUUUCUUCUGCUCAUCAAGGCUGUAUCUAUUUAAUCAAAAAUACAGAAACAAACUGUAAAUUUGUGGAAUAUUACUGUAAUUUAAAACAAGAGUUUUCCGUUUUAAUAUACUUUAAAAUAAAAUGUAUUGCUGUGAUCAAAGCUGAAUUUUCAGCAUCAUUACUCCAGAUUGUCACAUGAUCCUUUCGGAAAUCAUGCUAUAUAUGAUAUAUAAUAUGAUGAAUGAUGUACUGGUAAUAAAUCAGUUUGUAAGAGUGAUUUCUGGAAGACUGGAGUAAUGAUGCUGAGAAGUCAGUGCUGCGUCACAGAAAUAAAUAGUAUUUUAAAGUAUAUUCAAAUAGGAAACCAAUAUUAGAAAUCGCAAUAAUAUUCCACAAUAUAAAUAUUAUUAAUAUUAAGUAAUAUUAAUAAUCUUUUUUUUUUUUAAUCAAAUAAAUACAGCACAAAAGACCACAUUAAAAAAAUGUGAAAAAAAAAAACAUUAAAAAGCUUACUGAUACCAACCUUUGGAAUGUCAGUGUAUAUUAAUAUUAUGAGUAAUUCAUAAUGAAAAUAAAAUACAUUAUUUAAACUUUGUUUGCUUAAAAUGUACCAGACUCACUUCAUUUUGAAUGUUGCACAUCCCUGUGAAUGAUGAAUAGCAAAUGUUCAUUUAAUGAGUAUAAAACAACUAAACAUGAUGAUACUAGCUGUUAUUUGCCAAGAAUCAUAAUGUGAGAUGCAGCACAGAUGGUUGUGGUAAGCACAUGAGUUUACUGCUCUGUUUAUCUUUUGAAAUGUUUCACAGCUUCGUCUGGGUAUUCUUCAUUCAUCUUGACAUGGUCUUCAUUUGAAAAGGCACCUUGAGGCAGUUGUCACCCUUGACUGCUAAUGUGACGGUUAUUGUUCGACUAUCUGCCCCUUUUCUCCUCUAACAGGCCACUUUCAUUCAUUUAUGAAUGUAACUCAAUAUUCUUGUUAUAUAUUUAGCACAGCAGUUCCCCUGCCCUUGAAAUAAGCUGCCAUAAUGAAAAGCACUUUCCACUCGACCUUUCAAUAAAUAAAGACUAGUGUCACCACA